AAAGUCAUAGCGUUAGUGAACUGCUUUAUUGCUACUUAGCAACUCUUUCAAGAAGAAGUAUAGUUGUGGAUUGGGGCAGUAUAAAAUAACCUGGCGUGGCUUAAUAGCUCCAAAAUAAAUAGCCAGAAGUCGUUGGCACCGUUUUGAGAUACACAUUCCAUUUUUAAGGGGAGAAGGGGAUCCAGUCGAGACGGGCGGAUCAAUUCUUUCUUGCAGUUUGUCACGGGGCAGUUGGUUAGGAGUGAACUGUAGGACGAGGUUCCCUCUCUGGCCCCUGGAUUUCGGGGAAUGGGAUGAAAAGCAGAGCUAAGAGUAACAGCGCCCAGCCCUGGAGAUCACUCUCCAGCGAAUGGCACUUCCCACGUCCUGAUCGUGCGGGAGUGGAUUUUAGCAGUCAGCGCAGGAAAUUUAUGAGAAGGCAAUAAACAGCCUAGUAAGCGAUUAUUGCAUUACUUUAUGUCGGCUGCAGUUCAACACAAAAUUUAAAAUUAUUAUAGUAAUUAUGGAACUGCUAACGUCCUUUCUCGAAAACCUCUCCCAAGGCAGGCUUAAUGUUUGCCAAGGCUCAGAUGACAUCCUUCCAAGAAACUGUGUUAUUUAAUUAUUAGCGUUUACCUUUACUGAGACUCUUAGGUCGCACUAGGUGGGAUCAUAUCAAGAAGAAUGAGUGCAGGAGGUAUACGGUAAUAUGCGAGAAAUAAUAUGUAAACGCGAUGCAAUACAAAUAUUUAAGGAAUAUCUGAGCAGAGAGGUUUCAGGGCGGAGAAGCUUAUUAACUAAAAAAUAAAAUAAAACAAAAUAACAUAAUUUAAAAAAAACAACACAAAACCCUAGCGUGGAAGUGCUCACUGCUCUAGAUUUUUUCUUCUCCCAGAAUAGCUCUCAGCAAAGAGUUAGAGGGCCCGUUCACUCCCAUUGAAAUCCAUUGUAAACUUUUCAUUGAAUUCAAUGGGAACAGACUCGGGCCCGAAUUCUUAAGUGUUUGAAUAGAAAUUGCUACUAUAAUACGUCCUACAUUAAAAAUUGUUUUAUUCAACAAAAAUGAACACCACUUGUUGUGUUUAAUGCCUGUUCAUGAUUAAAUGAUCCUAAACAAAGGUUUCCCAGAGGAAAAUAGAGCAUACAUUCAUGUAAGGAGAGUCUGAAAUGACAAGAUUUCCAAACACUUGGAGACAGAAAGCAUAGCUGUCUGCGAAGAAGAGCAUGCUUUUGUUUCUCAGAUAUUUCUCAGUGCUCUUUAUUGUUGUAGCAAAUAACAUUUUACAUGUUACAGUGAUCAAUGGAGUCCCUUUAGUUACUCUCUGCACUUCCACGAUUGCAGCCUUUCAAAAGUCUUAAGCAAACCAAGCACUGUCUUUGAGUGGACAAACAGCUUCCUUUACCAUUCUCAUGUAGGUAUUGCUUGUUGCGUGUUUACAGAAGUCCUGGGCACCGAAAAAGACGAUCCCCUGAAUGAUAGAAGCUGGGAACAAUUUAGUCCACGGUCUGAAAUUGUGGGAGAAACCUAUAAUUCUGUGCAUCACUCAAGCAGUUGUAUAGGCAAUACGUAAGUGCAGGUUUAACAGGAAUGUCCCAAAAGAUGUUGCAAAAUUCGGAUCCACCCCAGUGAAAGAAGACGCAUUCUGCAUAGUGUGUUACAAGGACAAAAAUCAACUACAGUAUUAGAAGAGACUCUUUUUUGCCUUUGUCAGGUCUACCCGGAGAGGCCAUUGGAGGAAGAACGUCACGUGACAGAGGGGUGCCAAUGUUAUUCUUUAAGGGUGUCAAGACCCUGUCAGUUUGUGAAAUAAAUAUUGGGAAACAACGAAAUGCAAAAAGCGACCUACUACGACAGCUCUGCAAUCUAUGGUGGCUACCCCUACCAAGGAGCAAAUGGUUUCACUUAUAAUGCUAGUCAGCAGCAAUAUCCUCCGUCUUCAUCACUUGUGGAAACUGAAUACCAUCGACCUGCCUGCUCUUUGCAGUCACCUGGCAGUACUGUGUCCCACCAUAAGGCCAAUGAAAUCAAUGAGAGUUGUAUGAGGACCAUCACCAGCCAACCCAUUCAGCCCCCAGUUAUUUCAGAGCAGCAACAGCAGCAGCCUCCAGCCCAACAAGCACCACCACCACCUCCGCCCUCUGUCUCACCACCUCAAAAUGCCAGCAGCAAUUCUGCCCCAGCCAAUACUUCCAAGAGCCCGAUCAUUAACUCGCCCACCAUGUCCAAACAGAUAUUCCCAUGGAUGAAAGAGUCUCGGCAAAAUACAAAGCAGAAAAACAGCAGUUCCAGUUCAGGUGAGAGUUGCGCUGGUGAUAAAAGCCCUCCAGGGCAAGCCUCCUCUAAAAGAGCACGCACAGCUUACACAAGUGCCCAGCUGGUAGAACUGGAAAAGGAGUUCCACUUCAAUAGAUAUCUGUGCAGGCCACGAAGGGUAGAGAUGGCUAAUUUGCUCAAUCUCACAGAGAGACAGAUCAAAAUAUGGUUUCAAAACCGCAGAAUGAAAUACAAAAAGGAUCAGAAGGGAAAGGGCAUGAUGACCUCUUCAGGAGGACAGUCCCCAAGCAGAAGUCCUGUACCUCCCGCUGCUGGGGGGUAUCUAAACUCUAUGCAUUCUUUAGUAAACAGUGUUCCCUACGAGCCCCAGUCGCCUCCAUCAUUUAACAAGCCUCAUCAAAACACCUAUGGCAUCCCUGCAUCAUAUCCGACUCCUCUCAAUAAUUGCCCGCCUCCUCAAAAGAGAUACACGGGGACAGCAGCGGUUACUCCUGAAUAUGAUACUCAUCCUCUUCAAGGCAACGGUUAUGGGAAUCCACAUAUACAGGGAAGCCCCGUCUAUGUGGGGGGCAACUAUGUGGAGACCAUGACAAAUACUGGCCCUUCCAUCUUUGGUCUAACUCAUCUCCCUCAUCCUUCCUCUGCCAACAUGGACUACGGUGGGGCUGGCCCAAUGACCAACAAUCACCACCAUGGACCUUGUGAUCCACACCCAACAUACACAGACCUUACUUCUCACCAUCCUUCUCAGGGAAGAAUUCAGGAAGCGCCCAAACUCACGCAUCUGUAAUAGACAGGAGUUACUGAGUGAAACGUGGAGUCCCCCAACUUUUUUAAAGUACUUUCCGUCCCUCCAGCCCCUCCCCCUUUUGUUUUGUUUUGGUUUUUUGUUUGGGUUUGUUUUGUUUCCUUUGGUAAAAGCGUUUUCUAGUUUCUGUGACGUAGCAAUAUUUGUUGCUUGAAUUGCUCUAUAGUUUCAAUAGUGAAUAUUUAUCUUCUUGAACUGUAGCCUUGUGUCUCGCUUUGGGAGUAUACAUAGGCUUUAUACUUUACCUUCUACACUUUUAUCAAAACAGGGUAUAUGAACAAAUUUUCUAUACAAAUGAUUCUGAAAUGUGAAUUUGUUCGUACAUGAUUGAUCCCGCGGGGAAGCAAUUUUUUUUAUUGCACUUCUUUUAAAUAGCGAGAAAGACAUCAAAGGCGCUUGAACAGGGAUUCCCUGGACAAUUAUUAAUACGUGUAAGUCUUUCAAUGUGUG